AUGUCCACGCGCGCGGAGCGCGAAAAGCUCGCGCUUUUGGAGGAAAAAAGGUUGGAAAAAGAGGAAAAGAAACGAUUGUUGCAAGAGAAAAGGGCGUUGCGAGAUGCGAAGAAAGCGGAGAAGAUGGAAACGUCGACGAUGAAUUCUUCGCACGUCGGGGAGUCGGUGGAGAACGCGGACGAGGAAGGUGAAAGUGGUGUUAAUGGAGGAAGUCGCGAGGGAGGAGACGACGACGAGGACGAGGAAGAGAUUUUGAGCAAAGAGGAGUUGACGAAAGAAGGAGUUUUUGUCUCCGAGGAAAGUUUGUUUAUUCAGUGGUCGAAAGAGGAAGAGCUGCGUUUGGUGGAGACAUUUUUCGAAACGGACGAGGAGGAAUUUGAAACCGCAAAAGCAAGAUGGGAAGCGAUCUCGUCGAAUAUGCACUCGUCGUCGCAGUACACCGCGUUACAGUGCGUGGAAAAGUACCGAGAAUUGUGUUUGCGGAUAAAAAAAGGGAGAGCGCUGCACUUGUUGCGACAGGCGAAAAGAAGAGCGGCGAGAAACGUCGUCAAGAGAGGGCAGGCGAAAAACCGUUCGCACUUGCAACAGAAGCGUGAGUUGGAAGAGAAAGCGAGGAUUAAAAAGAAAGAGAAAGAAGAGCAGUUGAAGAGAGAACGGAUUGCCGCGAAUGGAGGAAGACUGUCGGCGGAGGACUUGGGUUUUUUCAUUCGAUCCGGGCCAGACGCGAAGAGGAGAGUCAACGCGAACAUGGACAUUUGCAUAACGAACGUGCAACUGUACGGCGGGACGCAAGAAUUAAUUUCCGACGGAACUUUGAAGCUCGUCAACGGGACUAAGUAUGGUUUGGUUGGUAGAAACGGUGCGGGGAAAUCAACCUUAUUGCGAGCGAUUUCGGAAGGAACGAUUCCUGUUCCAAGUCAUUUACACGUGAUUCACGUGGAGCAGGAGGCGAGUCCAGACGCGCGGUCGGCGUUGCAAACGGUGUUAGAUACGGAUAAAGAGAGGACGUAUUUGUUGAGUCUAGAGCAGAAAAUGUUAGACGAGGAGUUGGAUACAGUGGAUGGUAUCGAUUUGAACGAGGUGUACGAACGUUUAGAUGAGAUUUCAUCCGACGACGCCGAGGCGAGAGCCGGAGGGAUUCUCGGUGGUUUAGGUUUUGACGCCGCUGAACAACAAAAAGCGACGCAGGACUUUUCCGGCGGUUGGCGGAUGAGAAUUGCCUUAGCGGCGGCUUUGUUUAUGAAACCAGAUUUACUGUUGCUGGACGAACCGACGAACCACUUGGACGUGCACGCGUUGACGUGGUUGGAGGAGUUUUUACGACGGUGGGAGAAAACCGUCGUCAUCGUCUCGCACGAUCGAGGGUUUUUGAACGAAUGCACGACGGCGACGGCAUUUUUGAAUAAAAAAAAGUUACGCUAUUACGGUGGAAGCUACGACACGUUCUUGAAAGUGAGAGCGGAUAACCGAGCGAACGAGGAGUCGACGGCAAAGACGCAGGCGAGUCGCGCGAGUCAUUUGAAAAAAUUUAUCCAGCGCUUUGGUCAAGGGCACGCGAAGAUGGUCAAACAAGCGCAGUGUAGAAUGAAAAUGUUGGCGAGAUUACAAGAGGAAAGAGUAGAAGUCGAUACCGACGAUCCUUACUUGCGCAUUAACUUUCCAUCUGCGAGUCCUUUACCGCCACCGUUGGUUUCUGUCAUGGGCGUAUCAUUUGGCUACGAGGGUUACGACACAUUGUACGAAAACCUCGAUUUCGGUCUCGAUAUGGAUUCUCGAGUUGCCAUCGUCGGUCCGAACGGGGCCGGUAAGAGUACGUUUUUGAAGCUCGUCGAAGGCGAUAUCUUACCCACAAAAGGGUGGAUCAAUAGAAACACGCGCUUGCGCUUGGCGAGGUUUUCUCAGCAUCACUUAGAAACCAUGGACGCGGAAAACGACAGCGUCAACCACAUGAAACGUUUGGACGACGAAAUGCCUCUGGAAGAAGCGCGCGCGUAUCUCGGCAGAUUUGGUUUAUCCGGUGAAUUGGCGACGAAACCGAUCAAGUUCUUAUCCGGCGGUCAAAAGUCUCGAUUAGCGUUUGCCGAAUUAGCGUGGAAGCAACCUCACAUUUUGCUUUUAGACGAACCGACAAAUCACUUGGAUUUAGAAACGAUCGAAUCGCUCGCCAUGGCUUUAAACAAUUUCGAAGGUGGCGUCGUGCUCGUAUCGCACGACGAACGUUUGAUUUCCUUAGUAGUCGACGAGAUUUGGUGCGUGACAAAAGGUGACAUGAAGUGUAACCCACCAAAACCUGGGCACGUGAAAGUCUUCAACGGGAGCUUUGAGGAGUAUAAGGCAAAGUUGCGCACAGAGUUUGACGGCGGAAGUAUUUUGACCGCGAAGAGGAAAGCGGAAGCGAAGGAGAAGAAGAAUAAAGGCGAGCAGAUAAAAGAAGAAAAAAAAGAGGUGAAGAAACCGGUUGGCACGCUCGUGAAAGAUACCACGUUUUUGAGGGACUCUACGACGAACAACGCCUCAAAUCCUGCGACGAGUAGCGGGGAAGCGAGGAAACCAGUAGCCUCUUCCACGGGCGGGUACGUUCCGCCGCACUUGCGAAACAAAGAAGAUCAAGAGAAGAUUGAUUCCGCGUUUGACGAUUAA